UGCGGUUAUCCGGUGUUAGCUGCGGUUUGCCGGUGUUAGCUGCGGUUAUCCGGUGUUAGCUGCGGUUAUCUGGCGUUAGCUGCGGUUAGCUGGUGUUAGCUGCGGUUAGCCGGUGCUAGUUGGUGCCAGCUGUGGUUAGCUGGUGUUAGCCAGGUUGAGCUGGGGUUAGCUGGUGUUUGCUGGCAGGAUGAGUUCCUCCGUGGCCUUGCACACUCAGCUGGCCACCAUCAUGGAGUCUCUGGUUCACGCUGCGGUGGCGGAGCUCAAGAAGCUGGUGGAGAACAGCUCGAUCUUCCUGGAGGUCCGGACGGAAGAGGAGCUGCCUCUGCCAGCCAAAGUGCCAUCAGAGAGCUGGGAGAAGACGGUGCUGUUUGCCUCCAUCAUGGAGACCCUCGGGAACGAAGCUCUGGGGAAAAUUAUGAACAUCGUGGAUGAAGCCGAGCUGGAGUCAGGACGGAGUGGAAAUAGGCCUCAGACCAGCGUCCUCAACAUCCUCAACAACACAUGCGUCGAGCUGGAACACUCGUACGGUAUGCGAUUGCAAAGCUGCAACAUGGACAGGUUGUCACAGACGUCGCUGUUGACCAAACCAGAGAAGGAAACAGUGGAGGUUCCGUUUGUGCCAGCGGUGACAGUCAAAGACGAACAUGGAAACAUCGACCUAGGAGCCAUCGCUGAGAGAGCUCAUGAUGAAGCUCAGCCUCUUCUUAUUGACCUGCAGGAGGAAAUUUCUGCUUCACCUGAGUUUGUUCUUCAGAGCGUCACCUGGAAGUACUUCAUAUGCACGCUGUGCUGCAAAUCCUUCACGUCUCAGAGCAACCUUAAGUCUCACCAGCGCAUCCACACGGGGGAGAAGCGGUUCUCCUGCAGCAUCUGCUGCAGAGCCUUCCGUCAAAGGCAGAGCAUGCAGAGCCACAUGCGCAUGCACACGGGUGAGCGGCCGUACAAGUGUCCCGAGUGCGGGAAGUGUUUCACCAAACAGGCACAGCUGAAGACGCACUCCAUCGUCCACACCGGGGAGAAGCCGCACAGUUGCGACGUGUGUGGCCGCCGCUUUAGCCUGCAGCAGAACCUGUACCGACACAAGCUCACGCACACCGGCAAGAAGCUCUUCGUCUGCAAUGUGUGCGGAAAAGGUUUCACCCGUUCCGUCACGCUUAAGACUCAUGAGCUCAUCCACUCAGGACAGAAACCCUACAAAUGUGAGGAGUGUCCCAAGACCUUUCGCCACGCCGUCAACCUCAAGAACCACCAAAGGAUACACAGUGGCGUGCGGCCCUUCAACUGCGACCUCUGUGGGAAGAGCUUCCGGCAGUCAGUGAACCUGAAGAUCCACCGCAGAAUCCACACCGGCGAGCGCCCGUUUAGUUGCCGGGAGUGCGGCAAGACGUUCAGCCAGCAGAGCAGCCUGAUCUCACAUGGCCGCACGCACUCAGCCGAGAAGCCGUUCGCCUGCAGCUCGUGCGACAAGAAGUUUAACAACGCCAACAGCCUGAAGCUGCACCAGCGCGUCCACACGGGGGAGAAGCCGUACACCUGCGACAUCUGCGGCAAGACCUUCAGUCAGGGAAGUCAUCUGAGGACGCACAAGAGACACGUCCACGCUGGCGGCAAACAGUUCAUCUGCGACAAGUGCGGGAAGAGAUACUCGGACCAACGCAACCUGAAGUUGCACAAGUGCAGCUACGCAUGAACAAGAAGUUUAUUAAGGUUCUGGACAUUCAGGGAUUAAAACUCAGUUAGAAUUUUAUUGAACUUUCAACAAACGUGAAUGUUUUUUAACGUUGAAAAAUAUUUUUUCAAUGGUGAGGGAGGUAAAGUUUUAACCAAUCAGGUCAUAUGU